GGGUGAUGUUAGUUGAUUGAAAGAGCCUAUAAAGCAAUGGCAGCUCGCGUAAGCUUACAUUGAUAUCAGUAGAGUAGAAGUUGCGUCUUGUGAUUUUACUUACCUAUGGAUUAUAUGGACCCAAAAAUGACAAGGUAAACAAAAUAAAUUCUCUUCAGCAAUAUGCCUAAAGGAAGGGACGACCCCCGGACGUAUAUCCGCCGAGAAGCUCCCCCUAUCCUCAGUCAGAAAGGAAUAAAAAUCCAAGCUCGGAGCGCCGAGGUCUACAAUCCCACCUUCCCCACACGUCAAAAUGUACGCGAGGAAAAUUACAACAGGCGUAUACGCCAACUCACACAACAGGGCUUUCGCUCUGUGAACUAUAAACCGUAUCAGAACAUUGGCGGAGAGAUUUAUCUGUCCAACAAGAGGCUCAUACUGACAGCUCUAGGCCAGUGGAAUGAGAGUGAUGAUGAGGACUCGUCCAGCGAGGAGGAGGAAGAUAGUGAGGAGGAGGGCCAGCAAACCCAGUCCCUCAGACCUAUGACUCCAGCAAAGUUUGUGUUAAGAAGAACGAGAAAAGAUUUAAAUAAUCUGCACAAGGAAGUGGCUCACGGCAGAAAUCUGAUCAGGAAUGUGAAGCUGGGGCAUGGAUUGUUUGAAAAGCUGAGAUAUGAGCAGGAGAUGAAGCUUCAAGAGGAGGAGAUGGAGAAUCGCAAGCAGAGGCAGUUUGGGUUGUUAAACUGGAACCCUGAUGACUCGUCCAGUGAUGGAGAGACAGAUGAAGAACUCGGUGAAGAUGUGGAGCUUACUGGGUUUAUGAGUCAAGAAGGAGGUGAAGGCAAUGUCAGCCCAGAACCCUCACUUCCAGCUCCUAGUCCUGUCACCAGGAGUAGAGUGUCAUUUGCUGGGCAUCCUAGCCCGCGAUCAGCCAGGACAGGUGCCAAGUCUGCAGCCAGUAAGAAGUCGUCCAAGACUUUGCCUCCAAGACCCUACACUGCCACGCACACUAACAUCUUCAAUGACGGUCCAACAACGUUGACCACACACUCUAAGGAGGCCCUAUUCAGACAACUGUGUGCACUAAACUGGAUCUUAGAUGCAAUGAACAUAGACACAAACUACGCAAUGGAAAACAUUAACACAUGCUGGAAUCUCAACACAAUAGGUGGCGCUAAGAUACACAUAAAGAAGCUGGAGAGGAAAGACAGGAUUGAGAGUGAAUAUUCCAGCUUUGUAGCCACCAAAACGCCUACCAAGGCUCGCAGACUCCUACGUGGAAGCAAUCCUAGGCGGAAGACGUCAUCCACAGUCAUAAGCAGUCAUUUCCCACCGAGAUCACGAGAAUCCAACUCUGCGGCGAGCGGCAGUCCUAAAGGUAGCGAGACUCAGCUGAACAGCGCCAGGAACGAGGGACAGCAUUUAGACACAGAGGCCCCUUUCACGCCUCCAAUUGAAGAAGAGGAGGAGCCGGCUGACACUAAAGGAAUCUUCAGCUUCCUGGACGAUUACUAUGAAUCACUGAGCAAGGAGAAAGCUGAGCGGGAGAAAGCAGAGCAGGGAAACUCGGGAGAUCCGCCACCACCACCACCUAGUCAGCCAGAGAAGAAGAAAAAGAAGAAGGAUAAAAAGAGGUCUUCUGAAGGAGAGUCAGGGGUAAAAUCUCCCAGAAAAACUUCCAAGAAAGCAGAGCAUGCUUCAGGAGAAGAAAACAAGAUAGCAGACAGUAUCUACGAGAGGACCAUGUCUGCCAGAACUCUCAGGGCAAACGCUGUGCACUUACUCAGACCUAAAAGCUCUCCAGCAUUGUUGGAGCUGCAGGCCAAUCUUCCCAGCAAUAGAUGGAGCCACAUGGCAACCGACAUGAAACUGAAGUUUGCAGAAACUGCCGAGGAGAAAGCUCUGGAACUCCACGAAAAAUUGGAGCAGAUAGAAAAACAAAAGUAUGCCACAUGUCAGCAAAAGUUUCUGGCCAUUCCAUUCUCUAAAAAUACAGUUCACGACGCCCUGAAGCAAAUGAAGGAAGCACUGGCCGACAAAGACGCCAAGAGAGCGGAGAGACUCAAACAAAAACCUAUACAUUGUCAGUGGUACAGUGAUCUUCUGACCACUGUGGACAGUCUUGACCUCAGCCCCAAGGACAGGAUGUACUUCAGGAAAAUCAUGGACAAGCUAGAGAAAUAUGGAAAGUACCAUGAAAUCUCACACAAGAUUGACAGUGGCAAGCAGACAGUUUUACACUUCCUAAAGAUCCUAGAGCGUCUUCGAGACUGGGAGAUUUGCAACCCAGAUGUCAGCGCGGCAAUUGAGUUUUGUCGCGAGCGCAUCGUGGAGAUGACGGUGGAGGACUUUGAGGAGUGGUUCCGGCAAUACUUCCCAGCUAUGAAACGACCCCAGACCGCGCCACCUGUCCUGAAUUUGGAGAGAGGGAAAAAAGGAGAAAAGUGAUGUUGUGCAGAUGAAACCACUUGUCUUGACUUUGAAUGAAAAGAAAUUAAAGAGCACACUGAAAGUUUACAGGUGUGGAGAAAUGAUUCAGUUUAAAGUACAAGUGUAAAUGUUUGAAGUUGGGAAAACAUGCUCUUCCUGUUGGGUGAGAAAAAAAAGCAAUAAGGAAGAAAGAUAGAACUGGUGUAGCUUGACACCAUUUUCAUGUGCACAUUCAUUGAAGAAAAAUCAGAAUGAAUACACCAUGUGACUUCUUUGAAGACAUUUAAAUAAGGGUUAUAGAAGAGAGGAAGAAAUAAUAUAUUAUUUUUAUGUAAAAAAAAAAAAAAAAAAAAACUGGACUUUUAUAGAUGGACCCUCAUGGCAAAGAAAUCAAUUUAAAAAAUCAUGAAUAUUAAAAAAAAAUAUUAACAAACUUUUCAGUAAUGGAUUGCAGCUGUGCAUACUAACAAGAUUGAAAAGAUGUGAUACUUUAUAAAAAGUACAUUUUUAUUUUGCUGUUGUUAUUUAUAUAUUGCAAUAAUCGAAAAGUUUGCAUGAGCUCAAAAGUAAUAAUAAUGAGAACUUGGCAAUUUUGUGGAAGAGAAAUUGCUCAAAACAUGCAAAAGAACAUUUAAAGGUGUGAAUGCUUGGGUGAUUUAUUUGUUGUAUUUUAUUUUGUUAUUUGUUAAUAAUUUUAUAUUUGUCUUUUGCUUUCUUGGCUCAUUGUUGUACAAGAUCAGAUAGUGAUGACUUUGUUGUGUAUCUAAUAUUCCUGGAGAGAAAAAAAAAAAAAAACAUGCAAUGUGUCAAUCCCUCCAAAUGUACAGAGACAAAUCAACCAUUUACCAUAUUACGAUUUUUAUAUUGAAGGCAGCAAUUUGCUUUCUUGUUAUUUUUAUAAGUAAGUCUGAACUAUAAAUACAACAGGUAUGAAGUAUAGUACAGAACUCAUUAUGUGAUAACUGUCUCAGUAUUUUAUAUAGCUAAUAAAUGGCAUUCAUCAA